AUACUGAAAUGAUAUCCAAGAACGUUUAUAUUGUAUUUUUAUGUUUGAUUUUUGUCACCACUUCACAAGGCAGAAGAAAUUUGUUUUCUGAUAUAGUUCAGGCAAGGUGUAUUCAAUGGACUAUAGCUCAUGGAGUCACUGAUAUAAACUGUACUGAAGUAUGGAAUGCGUUCGAUGAUGCCAUACAUUCGGCAGGUAAUCAAUCAAAAUGUCCACCGGAUCCGCAAAACUUUGAUGCUUUUGUUUUAAAAGCCUUUGAAAAGCAACCAAAUAUCAGUGAACCCCACUUUUACUCGCAAGCAUUUGAUGUAAUUCGUGCACUGUGUAAACGAUUAGGAGUAUGUUCUAGCUUGGAGACAACUCUAGCAGGAUUCCUGUUCGAUGAGUUAGAUUGGUGUAGCAGUAGUUUCACGAGUUAUAUGAACGAUACAAUCUCCUGUGGUUGUGACAGUAAUAAAACAGUGAUAGAUGCAUUCUGGAGAAGUGCAUCUGCUGAAUACGCUAAAAGAGCAUCCGGCAAGGUUGUUGUUGUACUGAAUGGAUCUGUAGAACAUCCUUUUAGAGAACGCGGUGUCUUUGCAAGUGUUGAGCUACCACAGCUAUCAUAUCCUCGUGUUCAACAAAUAACUGUGAAGGUGAUUCAUAAUCAUGGCGAACAGAAAUAUAACCACACUUGUGAAUCACCUAACAUUAAAAAACUUGAAGAGAAAGUAACAUCUAAGAAUAUCACAUAUCGUUGUAUUGAUGAACCAGCGGAGUUCAAACACUACAGUUGUAUCAUAAAUCCUGAAAAUAAUGAAUGCAAAUUAUCUUAGAUAAUUGAGUUGUUUGAAUUUGUGCGACACUUUAUUUGAACAUUUGAACGUGUCACGCGGUUUGUUUGUUUUUCUUCUACAUGAAUUGGGUCAAAUCAUGUCAAAAAUAAUGGAAACACUUUGUAAAUGUUAUCUCCUUUUUUAGCCAUUAUUUUAAAUGAUGAGAUCUUAGCAUGUUAAAUGUGAACUGUUUCAUUUUUGUAAAUUGGAAGUAGGUUAUUUGACCGCAAAAUUGUUUUUUUUUUAUUUUGACUUCAAAAUCAUUCCUAC